AUGGAAAAGGUGUCGGACAACAGGCAGUCUGUAACCAGUGUGACUAUGGAUAGCAAAGGACAGAAGCUCAACCUGAAACGGGAAGUCGGGCUGGUUGGAGCAGUGUCCCUCAUCGCAGGGACCAUGAUUGGCUCUGGCAUCUUCAUGUCCCCCCAGUCGGUGCUCUUCAACAUCGGCAGUCCUGGAGCGAGUUUGGUGGUGUGGGCAUGCUGUGGUCUGCUGGCAAUACUGGCAUCUCUCUGCUACGCCGAACUGGGCACUGUUAUACAAGAAUCAGGGGGAGAGUACAUCUAUAUCCUUAAGACCUCAGGCCCAGUCGUUGCCUUCAUGUUAAUCUUCAGCUCUGUGCUGUUUGUGAGACCUGCGGGUGUUGCUGGCAUGGCACUUAGUUUUUCAGAAUAUGUUGUGGCCCCUUUCUAUUUGGACUGCAAACCUCCUGUGCAGGUGGUGAAAUGCGUAGCUGCAACUGCAAUCAUUGUGCUAGCCACAGUGAACUGCCUCAAUGUUCGCUUUUCAAUGUCGGUCCAAGUGUUUUUCAUGGUGGCCAAGGUCCUGGCACUGGUAGUAAUUGUUAUAGGAGGUGUGGUAUUUCUUAUCACAGGCCAAGCUAAUACCUUUGAAGACUCCUUUGAAAACACAAACUGGGGCAUCAGUCCAAUUGGAAUUGCUUUCUACCAGGGGCUGUGGUCCUAUGAUGGUUGGAACAACUUGAAUUCUGUGACAGAAGAGCUGAAACGGCCAGAGGUGACUCUUCCCAGGGCUCUUUUGAUCGCCAUUUCCAUGGUGACUGUGUUGUAUCUGCUGGUGAAUGUGAGCUACUUUGCAGUGCUGACACCAAGAGAGCUGAUGACCUCCAGUGCAGUAGCAGUAACCUGGGGGAAUAAGGUGCUGGGAGGCUGGGGAUGGAUCAUGUCUGUGGCUGCAGCAUUAUCUGCUUUCGGUUCUCUGAAUGGAUCAUUUUUCAGUGGUGGCCGUGUGUGCUUUGUUGCUGCAAGGGAGGGACACAUGCCAGAUAUUCUGGCUAUGGCUCAUGUCCACAAAUUGACUCCGUCCCCAGCGCUGAUCUUCACCACCAUCAUCUCCCUUCUAGUACUGAUUCCUGGAGACUUCCAGUCCAUUGUCAACUUCUUCAGUUUCACUGCCUGGUUUUUCUACGGAAUCACCCUUUCUGGACUACUCUACCUCAAGAUCAAGAAGCCAGAACUCCCCAGGCCGUACAAGGUGCCCAUUGUAAUCCCCAUAUUGGUCCUCAUCGCAGCAGUCGGCCUUGUGCUGGCUCCCAUCGUGGACAAUCCCCAGAUAGAAUACCUCUACGUGACUUUAUUUGUCUUCAGUGGAGUUUUAGUCUAUGUGCCCUUCAUCCAUUACAAGCUCUGCCCUGGCCUGUUGAGGAAGGUAACAAUAUUCCUGCAGCUUUUCUUGGAGGUUGCACCAGCAGAGAAAAACCUCUGA